GAAGAAGCUCCAUGGGCACUGGUCUCAGCAGUGGGAAACGUCCUAGCGCGGAAGAGGACACUCAGAGCAUCGGUCCUAAGGUCCAGCGACAGAGCACUAAUUAGGUAGGCUGAGUACAUUCUGAGUCCCCAGGACAGCGGGAAUGAGCCAGUGGACUGCCGGCAUGCUGUGGAAAUUGCUGAUAAGCUCCCAGCCCCGCAGGCUGUGUUCUUUCAGAAAGAUGCUCUCAGCUUCAAAAUACAGACCCUCUUUAGCAUGCUUCACCUAUACAACUGAUCGUCAGUCAAACAAAGAAAAUAAAAGAACAGUGGAAAACCUCUAUAAAUUUUCAGUGGACAUCAGGAAAAUACGCAGAUUAAAAGGAUGGGUACUUUUUGAAGAUGAAACCUAUGUUGAGGAAAUUGCAAAUGUUUUACAACUACUAGGUGCCAGUGAAGCUGCUAUAGGCAGUAUUUUGGAACAGUGCCCAGAAGCAAUUGUCUGCAGUCCAACCACUUUUAACACCCAGAGAGAACUCUGGCAGUUGGUCUGCAAAAAUGAGCAAGAGUUAGUCAAAUUAAUAGAACAGUUUCCAGAAUCUUUCUUUACUGUUAAGGACCAGGAAACCCUGAAGCUGAACAUUCAGUUCUUUCAAGAGUUGGGACUCAAAAAUGUGGUCAUUAGCAGAUUUUUGACAACUGCAUCUAAUAUUUUUCAUAAUCCUAUUGAGAAAAAUAAGCAAAUGAUAGGUAUUCUCCAAGAGAGUUAUCUAAAUUUAGGAGGCUCCGAGGCCAACAUGAAAGUUUGGUUACUGAAAUUAUUAAGCCAAAAUCCAUUUAUUUUGCUAAAUUCUUCUGCAGCUAUAAAGGAAACAUUAGAAUUUCUCCAGCAGCAAGGUUUCACAAACUCUGAAAUUCUCCAGCUUCUAUCCAAACUCAAAGGAUUUCUUUUUCAACUUUGCCCAGGAAGUAUACAGAACAGCAUUUCCUUCUCUAAAAAUGCUUUUAAAUGCACAGAUCAUGACCUGAAGCAAUUAGUUUUAAAAUGUCCUGCCAUUUUAUACUAUUCUGUUCCAGUUUUGGAAGAGAGAAUUCAGGGAUUACUGAAAGAAGGAAUUUCCAUAGCUCAGAUAAAAGAGACGCCAAUGGUGCUUGAAUUAACUCCACAGAUAGUACAGUACAGGAUAAGGAAACUGAAUUCCCUAGGCUAUAGAAUAAAGGAUGGACAUCUAGUAAAUCUAAAUGGAACAAAAAAAGAGUUUGAGGCUAACUUUGGCAAAAUUCAGGCCAAAAAAGGAAGGCCAUUAUUUAACCCUGUGGCACCAUUAAAUGUUGAAGAGUAACUUGGGGACUGCUGCUGCUUUCUAGCAUUGCAGAGUGAAGCUGAGGGGCAAAGACUCAAGUGGUUCAGGCAGUUUACAGGCACUAGUAAUUUUAAGAAACUACUUAGCUUCUGAGUUGUGUCUAAAGUUACCUCUGAGUAGAUAAUCUCGGAUUCAUUUGCUAUAUUUUAAACUAUAAACUGCAUUUAUUUUAAAUAAAGUUGGUAAUUUUUACCUUGAACUGCUAUGUCAAAGAACUCCUGUACUAGUGAAUGGCACAUCAGAGUGAUAACUUUAUAAGUGAAUCAUUUCUAAGAAAUUGACAAGUGCACUCCCUUAAUUCAAAGUAUGGAUAUGUUUUUAUUUACAUAGGACACUUCAUCUGGGAUAUAGACCCAAGUCGUCUUCCUCACCACCAGCUCUGAAACACCAUUCUACUGUGGUCUGAAUCCUGUAGCUUAGUGUUAAGUGAAAUUAGCAAACUUCUAUUUUUUUUUUUUUUAGAAAAAGCUGAUUUCAUCUCUUGGUUGGGAUAAAUGAGUGCCUUUGAGAACCAAGUAUUUCUCAUUCAAAAAGAAUAGAGCUUACUUGUGUGGUUAGUUUAAAACUGACCAUCUCCUCUUAGAACUCUUUUAUGUGCAUUCAUUACUUUCCCCAUUUUAUAGAUGAGGAAACAAGCUUAGAGAGUCCUGCCAAGUGAUAGAGCCCGGAUUUACUAUGAUCUGACCUUGUUGAAACCUGUGAAUAGAAAAAGGAUUGCUUUAAAGCCACACCCUGGGGUGCCUGGGCGGCUCAAUAGGUUGAGUGUCGACUCUUGGAUUCAGCUCAGGUCCUGAUCUCAUGGCUCCAUGCUCAGUAGGAAGUCCACUUGGAUAGUCUCUCCCUCUGCCCUGUCCCCCUCUUGCAUGCUCUCUCUCUCUCUCAAAUAAAUGUCUUUUAAGAAAAGAAAAGCCAUAUCCUUACCUGACAUGCCAAAGGAGUACCAACAACAAACUUAGGGAUUUUUAUGUAAAAUUCCUUAAAUAUGAAGUGAUCUAAUUUUUUUUUUUUAAGAUUUUAUUUAUUUGACAGGGUGAGAGAG